AGAAAAUAAAAAUUAGAAAAUCUGGAGGAAAAUGUUAACCCGAGCAAACCAGACGAGAGAAUCUCUUGGGGACACGGGCGGACGGUGUUCGAUGCCCGAGUGAGCGAGUAAGAUCCGAUAUUCAGAGGUGGUGGAGGAGAGAGAGAGAGAGAAAAGCCUAGCCUGGUCGUCGAUCUCAGAGAAUACUUCGCCGGCGACCGCUGUUGCUUUUUGUUGAAUUCAUUCAUAGUCGGCGCAGAGGGAGAGGCGGAGAGUCGCGGUCCGGUAUCCCGCUAAAUCGCGCAUUUGGGGAAACCGUACGUUGGCACGCGAUUGGGUAGGAGGCCGGAGAAGCACCGGCAAUCGAGGCGAUGAGUAGUUACAAGGCGCUUCUCAGGCCGAGGCUCGAGAACUCGGUGUUCGACUCGCUGAGUCAACUCGGGCAGGAAAGAAAUUCGAACAAUGACGAUGCUCUUUCCGAUGCCGAUUCCGUUAUUCUGAACGGCCCGGACAUCUUCGACUGCGAGAAUCAGGUGCGUUUCGUCAUGGAUUUGAUUCAUCAGCGAGUGGAGCAGUCUCAGGUAAUGGGCCUCAAUUCACAUUUGGUUUCCGAGGCACUGAAUGAAUCUGCCUUUGGUGUUAUCGACGAAGAAGACAAUCGUAAUGCCAUCAGGAGUUUAGAACUCGAUUUGGGGAUAGGGUUUGGUUUAGGCACACACGACAAUUGCGGGUUCCAUGAUGUGUACGCUGGUGAUGAUUCCAGCAACAUUGAUUAUCAUUGCAAUACUGUUCUUGAUGAUAUUAUCGAUGACGACGUGUUCUUCAUUGAGAGGAGGGUGUCUGGGCUUGAAUCACGGAUCGUUGGGUUCCAGUCAGAUUCGGAGUCGGAGGAGAAUGACAACUCUCUGCUAGCUAUAGAUUUCGGUUCUCGUGAUGAAUAUGGAUUGGAUGACGAUAUACAUGUGGGAAGUGGGCACUAUGAUUAUGGCGAUGGAGAAAAUGAUGUUGGUGUUGAUGAUGAUGAAAGUAUUACGAUUCCCCUUUGUUGGAACUCGCUUUCCUUGGAGGAUCACAGAGAUCAUCAGAAUGAAGAUUUCGAGUGGGAGGAAGUUGAUGGCCGCGUGGAUGAAAGAGAGGUGUUGAGCAUGUUUCUCGAUGAGGAUGAUGACGACGAUGAGGCCUCUGCAUCGCUCUCGAUCUCUCCGAUCAUUUCCCCAGAGGAUAUGGUUAGUGUGGACAGGGUGGUCGGUUCGGGAAAUCUCGAGUGGGAGGUCUUGCUGGAUGCCACUAAUCUGGGACCGCUUCCAGACCCAGAUCAAGCAGCUCGAUACUUUGGUGGCGGCGGUGGUCAUGACGACGACUAUAUCUACACAGCAGACUACGAGACGGUGUUUGGGCAGUUUGCUGAGAUGGACACGGUGCUCACAACAGGUCAGCCUCCUGCUUCCAGAUUAGUGGUCGAGAGGCUUCCCUCUGUCGUGGUGACCAAGGAAGACGCGGGGAGUGAUAACUCGACCUGUGCUGUCUGUAAGGAUGACAUGAGUGCUGGGGAGAAAGCAAAGCUGCUGCCUUGCACGCACCGGUAUCACGAGGAGUGCAUCGUGCCUUGGCUUAAUAUUAGGAACACUUGCCCAGUCUGUAGGCAUGAAUUGCCAACGGACGAUCCAGAUUACGAGCGGAGGAAGAUGGUGGAAAGAUCUUCUGUUGCUGUUGCUGCUGCUGUUGCUUCUGGCCAACACCAUGCGAUUACGAUGUGAUGGGUAUUGACUGACCUCAUCGUUGUUUGCUGCUGGGGAAGUCUCAUUCCCACAUUUGUGUCUGUGUCAGGUAAGGAGUUACUGGCUUGCUUUUGUGACGACUGUAGUAAUAGUAGAAGAAUGCGUUUUACUGUAUUGUACUUUCUGAAGGGUUCUGUUUUCUGGUUUUGUUCUUGUUCCUGGAAUAAUGUGAGAAAUGGUUUGUUGUUCUUGAAAAAUUAUCUGCCUACGAUGAUUGAACAACGAGUUAUGCAACUUAUAUGUUAUCAGUAUUUAUGGAAUGCUUGAUGCCGAUGGAGUGUGACAUCAUGCAUGGGCCAUGGCCCAUGGGAACAUAUUUUUCAACUGAGUUUCUGAAAUGCUUGAUGUCACUGGAGUUCUGCAACAAUUCUUGAAAUAUAUUUGUUACGAGUGUAUGCAAAAUCU